AUGGUUGCUGUUGAGCACGUAGAGAACAGCCAAGGACUUUCCCCACUAUCCUAUGAUGGACUCCAAAAGUUCGUUCCACUGGAAAUUUGGGACCUCGUAGUCGACGCAACUGCGGACGAUUUGUCUACUUUGAAGGCGUGCGCAACCACUUGCCGAGCCUUCCUUCGUCGUAGUCGCUACCACCUGUUCAGACGCGUCACCGUACGGACAGGCAAAUUCGCCGAAAUCCUAAUCUCCACCCUCCAACGUGACCCGGACAUCCGCAGUGCUGUCAGGGAGCUCCAGCUGGACUCGUCAAAUCCAGUGCCAGACUGGGUGAUUCAGACCGUGCGGGCACUACUUCCGAUGCUCUUCAACUUGAGGAAGCUACUCCUGCGUUCCAUGCAGCUCUCUCACCCGGCCUUACCAGAACUGCUCUCCAUAGCUCGACAUACCGUUACCAGCCUCGACCUGACCCUCUGCAAAUUCGACAGCUUUGCGGCAUUUAUACGCCUGGUUCUCGCAUUACCGUGCAUUACGGAUCUCGCACUCAACUUCAUCUCCUUCGGCGUGGCGCAACCGAUCGUGGUUGCGGACGCUGAUCUGCAGCUUCUCGGCAUGUCCGGGAUCAUGCUUUCGACACUGCGCCUCCGGUGCCAUCCUUUGGGGCCUUGGAUGGGGGCCUUGCUGCGCUGGUUGCGCAACACACCAACACUCGCAUCCUUGCGUAAACUCCACCUGCGUACAGCCAUGUGUGAAACUGCUCACGAUAUUCAAACCUUGACGUGCUUCGCCAAGGAUAGUGCUUUGGAUACGCUUGUAUUAGAUUGUGGAGGUACCAUUUCUCUCGGCGGGGGUGUGUAG